AUGUUUUAUAAUUACAUUAGUGAGAUAUUCGCCCAUAAAACUGGAACUGGUAACACUAGGAAUAACAGGGAUAGCAGGCCUAAGUACUUAGGCCUUAAACGGUUCCAUAACAUGUUUGUUUAUACUGGAAACAUUAUCGUAAGACAACGUGGAGCUCAUUUUAAACCAGGACCCGGAGCUGCUAUGGGUAGAGAUUUUACUAUUUAUGCAAAGAGAAGUGGCCGCUUGCAGAUUUUAAAGAGGCGUGUUAGCGUCCUUGACUUAUUAGCUGAAAAUCAAUACUUAAAGGAACAAAAUAAAAACUAUGAUUCCCCAAUGAUCACAACAUUAUCCAAAAUUUGGACCAAAAAAUCACUUUAA